AUGCCAAUCUUGUUGCCCAACUCAAGCAUCAACUUGUGGAGUCACAACACGCGAUUGCCAGUCUCCAAGUGGAUGUAUGAAGGCUGGCGAGUGAAAACACAAGUCUCAAUACUACCUGUCAGACUUUACAGUUCAGCAAGCUCAGUCACAUUGAGCUUGUCAUUAUCUGUCACUUCAAGCACUUCAUCUGGCACCAAUAGCAAUGAUGAACAUAAGCCACCCCUCCUUCUCAAUGGAACAAUCGAAAAAGCCUGCGAUCACGAGCUCGAUCAGACCAAAUUUCUGUCAGUGGAGUCUUGGACCAAAAAGGGAUGGCAGGAACAAUACCCUCUGAGCACAUCAGCUGUUCCUGGUUCCUCCUCGAAAAAAUCAGCAUGUGGAUCCAGACGGAUGGCACAAGGUAUCAAUGUGUUGACUUACCUCCAGGACAAGGACAGCAUGCCUGUAUCAGCUCAGUGUGCAAAGUCAAUUCAAUCGACAAUGCUGUCUUUCUUCCGUCAACUUCAUACUCAAGGACUUGCACCAGAAUCAAUUGGCCAAGCUUCUCUGGAUGUCCUCAAAUGGCUGGUUCACACGUUGUGCAAGACCCAUUUCAAGCUUCGACUUUGUGCCGAUAAUUGGAAAAUAAUGAAACUUAUGACCAACAACUACCCCCAAUGGCACAAGUAUCACAUGAAGAAAAGAAGCAGCGACCACAUGAAGGCUGAGCAAGACUUAGAAGAUGAGAGCAUCACAGACUCGGUCCCAAUCGUCACUCAGAAAUGGAGAUUAUCUGAACCCGACAAUGAAUGUGCCAUCAAGCAAUCAUGCGUGGAUUCCAAUAUGCUAGAGAGAGGAGAUUUUUCUGAGAGGUUUUCAAUGUUCUUGGAGCGGGGAAUUCACUGUCUGAUUCGCUCAUAUGGUGCUUUGAGAGAUAUCGGUGAAGAAACGGGAAUCAUGAAAUCAGAGCACAAGAUAAUCCUUACAAAUAUCAGAGAAGAGGUUGAUCUGACCGCAUCAUCCACCAAUGAUAUCAUACAAGAUUCUUCCCCCGACUGUGAACAUUCACCUCCACCCAGUACCGACAAAGGGAAAGCAAAGGAAGUGAUAACUGUAGAGAUCAAAAAUCCUCUUUCUAAUCUCGCCCCCAAGCCUCAGCCCAGACCAAUUCCAUUGGAGAUUCCUGCGACUUCGACUUCGACUUCGACUUCGACUUCGACUUCGACUUCAACUUCAACUUCUGAACUUAAUCUUAUCCCAAUUCCAUCCACCAACAACAUCACACAGCAUACACUACUCUCCAUGCCAGAGGUUCCAUCAACUGCCGAUUCGACUUCACUUGAUGUGAAAAUGGAAGUCAUUGCAGCAUUCCAGAGCGCCGAGCAAACGAAGAUCACAAUCAACAGCUCAAAGCCUGAUACCAUCAAGAAGCGUCAGCUGAGUACCAAGCCGAUGUGUGUGAGUGCAAAGAUCACUGCACGGAACUUGUGUGCUUUGGAUUGGCAAUCAAACGGCCAUCAAAAGGAACCUGGGACAGUCUUCGCAUCUUACUGGAACAGGUUAUCUAAAGCUGACAAAGAUGUAUACAAAUGCAAAGCGACAGCUCAGCUCAAAUCAUGUGGGGUUGUUGGAACCGUUUGCGAUGUGGACGAGGAGUAG